AGCCAAAACACUAGUUACUACUUUUUAAUUUGUUUCAUCAACACACACACACUACUAUAUAAAGAGUCUAAGAGUAACAAGUCCUCCCACCAUUCACAAAGCCAAUUACAAACUCUUUUCUCUCCCAAAUUUUGUGUAACAAUGUACUCCUCUAAGUCAUUAUUAACAAUUUUAUGCUUUCUUUUUCUUCUCCUCUCCAUUUCUGCUCAGAAAUACACUCAUCGUGCUCGUGCUCCUUGUAAAGAAAUGGUAUUUUUCUUUCACGACAUUGUUUACAACGGGGAAAAUUACAAAAAUGCGACUUCAACUAUAGUUGGUGCGCCAGAAUGGGGCAACAGGACCAUAAUGGCAAGUCCUAACAAUUUUGGGGACUUAAUUGUAUUUGAUGACCCCAUUACAAUUGACAAUAAUUUACAUUCACCCCCAAUUGGAAGGGCACAAGGGAUGUAUUUUUAUGAUCAAAUGGACACUUUUAGUUCUUGGCUUGGUUUUUCUUGUGUGUUCAAUAAUACUGAUUAUAAAGGAAGUUUGAAUUUUGCUGGUCAUGAUCCAUUGAUGAACAAGACUAGGGACAUUUCAAUUAUUGGUGGAACUGGUGAUUUCUUCAUGGCUAGAGGAAUUGCUACUUUGAGCACUGAUGCAUUUGAAGGAAGUGUUUAUUUUCGACUUCGUGUUCAUGUUAAGUUAUAUGAGUGUUGGAAAUUACUCUAGUUCGUAAUUUUCAUUUUUUUUUGUUGAUUUGUUUUUUAAUCGUUGUUGAAGGAUGACCUAAAUUGAGGGUCAAGAAGUGUUAAUUUCUUUGACUUCUCUGUUGUUUUUCUUUUUUCACGAGUUGCAUUUGUGUGGUCAUUGAUUGUGUUUCAACCUUCAGUCUAAUUUCUGUAUGGAGGUUUCAAUUUAAAAUAAGAUUUUAGAGUGCAUAUAAUC